AUGACUUACAAGACAAAUGAAUCGUAUUGUGAAUCAGGGAAUAACCCUAAUGUUGAAGCGUAUUGUGAAUCAGGGAAUAACCCCAAUGCUGUAGCGUAUUGUGAAUCAGGGAAUAACCCCAAUGCUGUAGCGUAUUGUGAAUCAGGGAAUAACCCCAAUGUUGUAGCAUAUUGUGAAUCAGGGAAUAACCCCAAUGCUGUAGCGUAUUCGUAUUAUGAAUCAGGGAAUAACCCCAAUGCUGUAGCGUAUUGUGAAUCAGGGAAUAACCCCAAUGCUGUAGCGUAUUGUGAAUCAGGGAAUAACCUCAAUGUUGUAGCGUAUUGUGAAUCAGGGAAUAACCCCAAUGUUGUAGCGUAUUGUGAAUCAGGGAAUAACCCCAAUGCUGUAGCGUAUUGUGAAUCAGGGAAUAACCCCAAUGCUGUAGCGUAUUGUGAAUCAGGGAAUAACCCCAAUGUUGUAGCGUAUUGUGAAUCAGGGAAUAACCCCAAUGCUGUAGCGUAUUGUGAAUUAGGGAAUAACCUCAAUGUUGUAGCGUAUUGA